GUGACACAUAAAUGAAUGUGAUUCUCUUACAGUUUCUACCAUGUGGGUGAUUCCAGGACAGAACCAAACUAGAGUUUCUGAAUUCAUCUUGCUUGGCUUCUCCAGCGACCCCACGACCAACAGCACACUCUUCAUUAUGUUCCUUCUCAUCUACCUGAGCUCAGUCAUGGGCAAUGGGCUCAUCAUCCUGCUGAUCUGCCUGGACACACAUCUGCACACUCCCAUGUACUUCUUCCUCUGUAUCCUUGCCAUGUUGGAUAUGGGCUAUGUCACUACCACCAUGCCCCAGAUGUUGGUGCAUCUUCUGGUUCACUCUAAAACCAUCUCCUUUGCUGGAUGCUGGAUGCAGAUGUAUGUGUUUAGUGCCCUGGCUGCUACUGAGUGCACCUUGUUUGUUGUCAUGGCUUAUGACAGAUAUGUGGCCAUUUGCCACCCUCUGCGUUAUACUGUCAUUCUCAACUGGGGACUGUGCCUAUGGUUGGCAGCUGUGUCUUACGCCUGUGGUUUCCUGUCUGCUUUGUUACAUACAUUCUUCACAAUGAGUCUGCCAUAUUGUGGACCCAACAAAGUCAACCACUACUUCUGUGAAGGUCCUUCAGUACGUAACCUGGCUUGCAUGGAUACCCACUUCACUGAGAUGGUGGACCAGAUCUUAAAUGUUCUUCUUGGUCUUGCUCCAAUUUCCCUCAUUGUGGCUUCCUAUGUUCAUAUUGCCCAGGCAAUUCUCAAGAUCAAGUCCACCAAGGGACGAUGCAAGGCAUUCUCUACCUGUGCCUCCCACCUGACUGUGGUCUCAUUAUUCUUUGGUCCAUCCUCUUACAACUACUUGAGGCCCCACUCCAGCUACUCCUCUGAGCGAGACAAGCAGAUCGCACUCUUUUACAACGUCUUCACAGCCUUGCUUAACCCUGUGGUCUACAGUCUGAGAAACAAAGACAUCAAGAGGGCAUUUCUCAAGGUGCUAGGAUAUAGUAAGGCAGACUGCUGA